GAUUUUUGAGCGGACGAAACAUUUGUGCAAAUAAAAACAAAAAUGUUUUUCUAUCGAUUUUGGAGAUUUCUUUCGUGCAUUUCUUCUUCUUCAUCAUCAUUUUUAUAAAGAAUGUCGAUCGGUUUACUGCAACCAAAUGUGUCAGCACGAAAAUUGAACGUUGCUGAUUGUGAAUGGAAUUGACAGUUCCGACUUUUGGUUGGCGGUUCACAUUACGGUGUGAUUCUUACUCAAACGGAUCGCGUUGUGUUUCUUUUAUUCUCUUUGAUGGAAAUAAAUGCAAAUGGCCGAUUGACGAUUGGCGCGAAUCCGAUUACAACGACGCUGCAAACAAAUAAUUUUCUUGCCCAGUAAAUUCAUUUACAAUUGACUAAAAUAAUAAAAAAAACGCCGAUAAUCAGUUAUACGCCGGCAAAAUGGAUAUUUUAAAAGCAAAUUACAUGGAAAAAUAUGAAAAAUUGCGCAGCACCAUAAAAACAACGAAAUUUAAUUUGGGACGACUUGAACAUUUGUCGGACUCAAUAAAACCAAUGCAAUUCAAUGACUCAGAUUCGACGAAAUUUGAAGUGGUGCUCUCGUCACUUUGCACCAAAUUUAUGCAAUUGAAUGCUGACCUAAAAAAAAUUGAACGCAUCAAUACAACACCAAUCGGCAAAAAUGAUGCUCAAAAUACGGAAAAUCUGUUGAUAUUGUACUCGAUGCUGGAUGAAUUCAAUUUGAACGAAAGUGAAAAGCCGCCACAAACAUCGAAUGGUCAUGUUGUAUACACGUCCAAUUACACGGGACUCGGUUAUAUUUCUCAUAUCGUGAACGAAUCUGCCGGCAUUGUUUAUAUUCUGGAUGAAAAUUCCAUGCCAGAUCAAUUGAUUUUGUACGGUGCAACACCAAAACCAUUGACACACACACCCGAACCCGGCCAAAUGUUUGCAUACUUUUAUCAGGAAAAGUAUAUGGUUCGUGCUGUUCGCCUGGAAUAUGAAUGCCGUGAGAAAAAUAGUUCGAAACAACAGUACGGUGCGUUGCUCAUUGACAUUGGUUGUGUGAUUCAGAUCGCAUCGCAACAGUGUGGCAUUUAUGAGGUUACAGAUGCAGCCAAAUUGAUUCCACCGUAUGCAAAGAUGUCUCGUUUAGUUCAUGUGCCAGAUAAUCACAGUAUUUGUGAUUUACUGCAUACGCUUGUUAAAUACAAAAUCAUAUGCAAUGACAAGAAUCUAAUGCUGGUUAAUAUUAUUAGCGCGGGCGUUAAUCCGUUUGCGAUUGAACAACAAAAUAAAUGGAAUUUUUACAAGUAUUUCUUUGGCAACAGUAUGCUGAAACCGCAAAAAUAUGAUGAAUAUUGUCACGAUAAAAUUGAAAAGAAACCAUCACAGUCAUUGACAACACCACAACCACCACCAACACCACCGCCACGGACAAUGCCACCAUCAACACGAGUAUCGGCGAAACAACAUGACUUCAAUCCAUUUGCUGAUCCGUCGCAAUAUUUGAUCAAAAAUGUUCCAGAAAUACCAUUGAAAAAAUCAUCGAACCCAUUCGCCAGAAUUCAACUGACGAAAAUAGUUAAUCAAUUGUCCGAUGAGUAUAUCGAGAAGUACGUAACACAUGUUUCAACGAAUCCAAAGAGUUUCGAAAUGGACAUUUCGCUGGUCGAAAAUGGGAUUUCAUUUGAGGCACCACAAACGUCACCGACAAAAUACACGACACCGAAAAAGAUUGUAAAAGCACCAGAGCGAGUGACCACAUCCAUGGAAGUUAACAAACCAACCAUGCCAACUUACAAUAUUGAUACGCUCAUCACACCCAGACGAAAAUUGACAAAUCUUUUAAAUAGAUUGUCCGAUGAUUACCAAAACGACGAAACGUACGAUCUCACCUCUCCAAAGAAAGUCGUGAAGGAAUUGUUCGACGAAAAAGACCGAAGUGAGACGGUGCCACAUACAAGCAUCAAUGGGGAAUUUGAAGCACCAAGAAUUCUAUCCACAAAUCACAAGGAAAAUCCAACACCGAAAAAGAUUCAACCAGCACCGGUUCAAGUCAACAAAUUAUUGAAUGUAACCAAAGAAACCAUGCCGAUCGACAUUGAUCGGGAUAUUUUACGUCGCGAUUUGCAAAAUAUCAGUGGUAACAGUGGAGCGAAUGAACCCGUUCACCAUUCAAAACCAACUGCCAAUGCGAGCAUAGUUCUGGAACCAAAAAGUACAUCACUAAAAUCAAUGCACACUGACAUUGAUCUGGAAAUUUUACAACGUUGUGACAACGGUUUGCAAAACAUGAUUGUUUUGAAUGGAGUAAAGGAACCCAUGCACCGUUCAGAAUUAACUACCAAUCAGAAUAUGGGUUGGGCACCAAAAGCAACACCAAUGAAAUCAGCAGAAUCUGAAAAAAUCGCAUUGAAAACGACAGCACCGACCAUGGCUGAUUUUCCAAAACCAUCGACACUAUCAAUUGGUUCGACAAUUUUGGUAGAAAAGCAACACAUAGUAAGCGUCGAAGAAUUCUAUGGGACAAUGAUAAAUGAUCCAAAUCGUGUAAUGGAUGUGGACGAAUUUACAAAGAUUCUAAAUGAUGAUGCAAACCCACAGCGUUUCGUAAAGUACACUGCAAAUUGUUUACCCAAGUUAAAUGACAAGAUUUUUGCAUUGUUCAAUGAUUGGUACUACCGAGCAAAGGUAAUUAGCGUCAUCGACAAAUAUGUGUUCUCUGUAUACUAUGUGGACUAUGGCAAUAUCGGCAAGGUACGCGUAAGCCAAACAUUCAAAUAUGAAGAGGCAUGGGAUCAGUAUGCCGAGUAUGCAAUGCAUUUUCGUUUGAACCGCAUAAAACAGAUCAAUCGAUGUUGUCAUUUUGAUCCUGAUGCCAAAAAUGGUCUUGAACAAAUCAUGGGUAAUCAAUGCACGGCAAAAAUUGUCGCAGUUGAAUACAGCUUGCAAUUGAAUCGAACAACGUACAUCGUGGACCUAUGUGACGAAAAUGGUUUGGAUGUUGCUAAAACAUUGAUUAACAAAAAUUUGGCAUAUCUAAACGAAACUGGAAAUUUGGCAAAUCAUCCAAACGCUCAUGCCAUCGGCAAAUAAUCAACAUUGAAUAAUUGAACUAAAACGACUGAACGACAGUAUGCGGUGGCACGUAUGCCAAAUUAAUUAUAUAAAACUGAAUUAUUCCAUCGAUUUCUUUUGAAAGCAAAAAAAAAAAAUACAAUUUAUAUCAUUUUUCUUUAUUUUACAAUCAAGACAGCUACGGAACACUUGACGAACAUAUGAAUAGAAGAGAAACCUUGUAUUUUCACUUCCUGUUUUAUUCCAUUUAUUAUUUCCGUAUAUUUAGACGAGCACACAUUUAACGUGGCUAUAAAUUGUUUACACAAAUGA